AAGGGAAGUGCUGCCCAGGGUAAAAUAGAGACAGAUUAGAACAGGAGUAGGUAGGCAACCUUUUGGGGCUCUGGACACAUUUGGCAGUUUGACCUGGGCACCACCACAGAAUGACUGCAAUGGCAUGUAUGGCAAAGGACAAGUAACCUGCUGAAAAGGCUGAGUGCAAGGCAGAGGUGGGGUCUGAGCUCCAGCUCAUUAUUUAAUUUCUUCGAACCCUCAGUUUUCCUCACCAACAGAAACCUUUUUCACAGGCAUCCCAGCUGCCGGUGAAAAUGCAGGAAGCGGAUCUAGUAGCAAAAAUGCUUCGAGCUGUUCUCCAGUCCCAUAAAAAUGGAGUGCCCUUUUCCCAUUUGCAAGAAGAAUAUAAAUCUUUAACUGGAGACUGGAUUCCCUUUAAGAAGCUUGGACAGCCUACCCUCGAAGGAUAUAUAAAGAGCAUCCCUGGAUUUGUUAGGAUUGAAAUUAGUAAAACUGGUGAGGUGAUUUGCCAUGCUGCCGUUUGCCAAGAGACGGCAGGGAUCGCUCAGCUUGUGGCCUGCCAGAGAAAUUCCAGAAGAAAAUCAAGCCGCCAAGUAAACUGCAAGAUGAGGCUGAAAAAAACUGAUUCACCCUUUUCAGUAGGCAAGCCAAAGGGUACUCUGAGGAAGCCAGGAUUCAUGGAUUUUGCCGAGGAAAGCAGGAGGCCCACACUCCCCCUGCUAAGAAGCAAAGGAAGCUACGCAGUUGUUAGACCUAGCAUGAACACUUCACCAUACCCUCUGUCCGCAGAAUUUGGGAUGGCUGUACCUAAAGAAGUCUUAAUACAAGGGCACAUGACUGUGAUGAACAGGCCUGAGAGAAGAUUAGUGCUUCCACCACGGUUUCAGAAAGAGCUUCAAGUUCACCUGUCAAAAAAUCUGCCUUUGAACUUGAAUGAAAAUGUGAAAGAAACAAGACAAUGUAUGCAACCUCUCCUUCCUUAUCCUUCAAAUACCGAUAUAAAUGAGAUUCAGAAACGAAUUAAAGAGAUUGUAAAUCGAUUCAGCAAUGGAAUAUGGCUAUCGAAGAUACCACAUUUGUACAGAGAGGCAUAUGAAGAGGACUUUAAUGCAGCCUUGCUCACACAGUUUGAAUACUGGCCUCAUGUUUGUGUGGCAGAAAAGGUAUGUUCUGGUGGCCUAAGGGAUGUACUACUGUACCCUGCUGGAAAAACACGUCAUUCAGUAAAGGAUGUCUCAAGCCAAGAAGGAAAGCCUCAGCCCCAACUAAUAAGACAGACUGCAGACACCACAACAGCCGCACCCCCUGGGGACCUCAAGCAGAACAUUGCUGCUAUCUUGUUAAAAUAUUCCAGUGGCCUUUGGGCUAAUGCUCUCCCAAAGGUGUAUGAAAACACAUACAAAGCAACAUUGCCUCAGGAUCUUCUGAACAAUCUUGACUCGCUCUCGGAUAUAUGUACAGUGGAUUACAUCUCGGGUAACCCCCAAAAGGCGAUACUCUAUGCAAAGUCGAAAGAGCACACUGAUGAGAACCUGAAUGUUAGUGGCAAAGUCCACAUACGUGGAGAUCUACAGAGACCAGCUGAGCAGCAGUCCACUAUGAUAAUGCAGGAAUCCCAGGAGGAGUAUUUCGAAAAUAUAACAGUACCUCCUUUAAUUAUCCCAGCAGAAACAUCACCAUCUAUGUUGGUAGUUGAACUGAGCUCCACAAAUGAAGUUGUUGUCAGAUAUGUGGGCAAAGACUAUUCUGCUGCCCAGGAAUUAAUGGAAGAUGAGAUGAAGGAUUGGUACAGUCGGAACCGCUCGGUUUUGCAAAUACAGUCUCCUAAGGUUGGACAAGUUGUUGCUGUGCCUGCAGAAGAGGAGGCCUGGCUGCGGGCACAGAUUGUUUCAACAGAAGGCAGCCGAAUAAAGGUAUGCUACGUUGAUUAUGGCUUUAGUGAAAUCAUUGAAAAUACCAGAGUGUACAAACUUGACAAACAUUUCUAUUCGCUGCCAUUCCAGGCUUCAAAAUGUAAACUAGCAGGAUUAGAAGCCUUCAGCAAUGACCCCGUCUUGGUGAAGAUGGUGGAGUCUCAAACCUGUGGCAAGAUAUUUGCUGUUGAAAUACUAGAGAAAAGUGACAUUCCCCUUGUCGUCCUAUAUGAUACUUCAGGAGAGGAUGACAUCAACAUAAAUGCUGCUUGCUUGAAGGCACUUUGUGACAAAUCCCUUGAGCUUCAUCUUCAGGUAGGCGCCCUCUUUACAAAUGUCCGAGUAACCAAUGUUUGCUCGGAUGGAACUUUAUACUGCCAAGUACCAUCAAAGGGCCUGACCAAGCUAUCUGAAGUUUUGCAGAAACUGGAGAACUACUUCCACCACAAGCAGGUAACAGAGUAUUCGGUGUCGUUACCUUAUUGUGGCAUGAUCUGUCUGUUAAACUGUAAAGGAAAAUGGUCACGUGUGGAGAUAACAAGUGUUCAUAGUAGCCGAGCUCUUGAUGUACAAUUUAUGGAUACUGGAACUGUAGCGUCUGUAAAAGUAGUAGAACUGAGAGAGAUUCCCUCAACAUUCCUGCGUGAAAUCAUUGCACUACCACCUCAGGCAAUAAAAUGCUGUUUGGCUGAUCUUCCUCUUAAUAUCGGCAUGUGGACUCCAGAUGCUGUACUUUGGCUAAGAGAUACGGUGCUAAAUUGUCCUAACUGCAGCAUAAAGGUUGUUAAACUGGAUGACAGGAUUGCACACAUCUAUUUAUUUACACCAAAGAAUUUCCCAGACCCGGACCGCAGUAUAAAUAGACAGAUCACUAAUGCGGACUUGUGGAAGCAUCAGAAGGACGUCUUCUUGAGCGUCUCUCCCAGCAGCUUGCCUGGAAAGGGGGAAACGGACUUACCGGAGCUGGCAAGAUUGGGUGUCAAGAGGGGUUCCACCAGUUCGGUUCCACGUACUCUGGAGCCGAGCAACACUGCCACAUCCUUGAGCAUGCCACCACCUUUGCCGUUGGCACCCCAGGAGCAAAUGGAUAUGUUUGUCUCGCUGGCCUGCCACCCUGGUUACUUUGUCCUCCAGCCUUGGCAAGAGAUGCACAAUUUAGAAGAAUUGGUGGAAGAGAUGCUGCUGUACUAUAGCACAGCAGAAGAAGGCGCUGUUGCUGUGGAAAAGAACAAACUCUAUGCUGCUAAAGUGAAAAAUAAGUGGCACAGAGUGCUAAUAAAAGGAAUGUUAGCAAAUGGGUUGGUGUCCGUGUAUGAGCUGGACUAUGGUAAACACGAGCUUGUCGGCAUCCAGAAUGUAAGACCUUUGCUGGACAGGUUCAGAAAACUUCCGUUUCAGGCUGUAAUAGCCCAGCUUGCGGGAAUAGAGCUGCAGCAGUGGUCAGAGGAGGCAUCUAUAGUCUUUCGAAACCACGUCGAGAAGAAGCCUCUGGUGGCACAAGUGCAAGCCGUGAUUGAUGGGGCUAAUCCGUGGGACCGAAAAGUAGUCGUCUACUUAGUCGACACAUCACAACCAGAUACUGAUAUUUGGAUUCAUGAUAUUAUGACCCAGUAUUGUAUGGAGAUUGCAAAGGCAAACUAAUCAUUUUUUAAUAAAUAAAUAAAUAAAUAAAUAAAUAAAUAAAUAGGUAAUUUCAGCAAUAAGAAUGCGAAUGUUAUCAUAGCUGUGACUAAAAAUUUUGGUUUACUUCUGAUUUUUGCACUGUUUAAUGCUAGAAUGUUAUCUAUAUAAAAAAAUAAAUACUUCAUUUAGCUUA